AUGAGUCAUCGAUUAGGCACGUUCCGUAUGCCCUCUGCCCAGAUGAGGGGUCAGGGCCUCAGAAACCAGAGAAUCCACACCCACCUGAUGGAGAUGAUGCUGCACUUGAAGCAGACCAUAGAGAAGAACCUCAUGCACCUAACAACCAGGCACCUGCAGCAGGACCUGGUGCUGGAGGAGCAGAGGCACAGUCAGGCCGCCAGUGAGCAGGAAGCCCUCCUGGGCCGCUUAAUGUACCAGUUGGUCAACCUCCUACAGUCUGGGGCCAUGGGUGGCCUAGGGCUCCAACCGUCUUGCCCUUCCCUGGAUGUUAGGCGUGAUGUCAGAGGUGGGCAGUGGGCCCAGUCCUCCAGGCAGCCUGACUGGCCAGUUCACCAACUGAGUGAUCUUGAAGCUACAUUUGUCAGUCAGCACCUGUCCAGCCGUGGGAUUGACAUCUCUGCCUUAUACCACUCCAGCUUCCAGGACUACAAGAUCUACCAAAGAGACAAAUACCACGAGGACAAGAACACCAUGGGCUUCAUUAACCUUGGACUCAGUGAGAAUAAGCUCUGCCUCGAUCUGAUGACUGAACGGUUGAGUCAGAGUGAUAUGAACUACAUUGAGGAUGCCUUGCUGCAAUAUCCUGAUUGGAGAGGGCAACCAUUCCUGCGAGAAGAGGUGGCCCGGUUCCUGACCUACUACUGCAAGGUACCUGACCAGCUUGAUCCAGAAAAUGUAGUUGUUCUAAAUGGCUGCUCCUCUGUAUUCUCCACACUGGCCAUGGUUCUUUGUGAUCCAGGGGAGGCCUUUCUGAUUCCUGCCCCCUUUUAUGGUGGCUUCGCCUUUAGUGCCUGCCUGUAUUCGAAAGUUGAGCUGAUUCUUGUCCACCUGGACAGUGAGGUCACAGAUGCAAAUCCCCAUCCUUUCCAGCUCACUGUGGACAAGCUGGAGCAAGCUCUACUUGAGGCUAGGCUUACAGGGAAAAAGGUCAGAGGCCUCAUUCUAAUCAACCCUCAGAAUCCUUUGGGAGACGUCUACUCUCGAGACUCACUACAAGAAUACCUGGAGUUUGCCAAGAAGUACCACCUUCAUGUAAUUAUAGAUGAGAUUUACAUGCUGUCUGUGUUUGAUGAAUUCAUCACAUUCCACAGUGUUUUGAGCAUGGAAAGUUUGCCUGACCCCAGCAGGACCCAUGUGAUCUGGGGCACCAGUAAGGAUUUCGGCAUCUCUGGCUUCCGCUUUGGUGUUCUCUACACCCACAACAGGGAGGUGGCCUCUGCUGUGAGCUCUUUUGGCUACCUCCAUGGCAUUUCUGGCAUUGCCCAGCAUAAGUUGUGCCGGCUGCUCCAGGACAGAGAGUGGAUUGACAAAGUAUACCUGCCCACCUACCGCUCCCGGCUGCAGAUAGCUCACGGAUACAUGACCAAGAAGUUGGAGGCAUUAGGGAUCCCUUUUCUCAACCGUGGCUCUGGCCUCUACAUCUGGAUGAACUUGAAAAUGUACCUGGAUCCGUGCACCUUUGAGGAAGAGCUGCUCCUGCAUCGCCGCUUCCUGGACAACAAGCUGAUCUUGUCCCGUGGCAGGACCUACAUGUGCAAGGAGCCCGGCUGGUUCCGUAUCACCUUUGCGGAUAAGCCCCUCCUGCUAAAACAAGCCAUGCACCGGUUCUAUCAGGUGCUCUCGGAGCAGAAGCAGGAUCUGAUCAUGAAGCAACUGGAGAAUGCACAGAGAGAGUAA